AUGUACCACUACUCAUCACUACCGACCAACACCACUCAUCACCACCUACCUCCACCACCACCUGCUACCACCACCCCUACCUAUCACCCACAAAAACCACCACCCGCCACCAGCAUUACCACCUACCUCUACUACCCAUCACCACCACCAACCACAACCAUCCACCACCACCUACCUCCUACCACCAUCACCCCUAUCACCACCCAUCACCACCACCCACCACCAUCCAUCACCACCAUUCGUCACCACCAGCUCCACCCACCACCCACCAAAACCAGCACCCGCCACCACCAUCACUACCCACAAGCCACCACUACCAUCCAUCACCACCGACCACUACCACCUGCCACUAACACCUUCCCUCAUCACCCCCACCCACCACCCACCCAAACCACCACCCACCCACUUCCACCACCCAUCACUACCACCCACCCACUACCCACCAUUAUGACCACCACUUGCCAUUACCACCAACCACCACCCGUGUGA